CCUACUCAGGACAAUGAAAGUUCUCAGUUAUAUUUUAGUUUAUCGCCGGUUUCUCCUUAUAGUUUUCACUCUGUUGGUUUUACUGCCAUUGCCAAUCAUCAUUCGCACCAAGGAAGCAGAAUGUGCCUACACACUCUUUGUCAUUGCCACGUUUUGGCUUACAGAAGCUUUGCCUCUGUCAGUCACAGCUUUACUGCCUGGUUUAAUGUUUCCGUUGUUUGGGAUCAUGACUUCUAAGAAGGUGGCAUCUGCUUAUUUCAAAGAUUUUCAUCUACUGCUAAUUGGAGUCAUCUGUUUAGCAACAUCAAUAGAAAAAUGGAAUUUGCACAAAAGGAUUGCUCUGAGAAUGGUGAUGACGGUGGGUGUGAACCCAGCAUGGCUGACAUUGGGGUUCAUGAGCAGUACUGCCUUUUUAUCGAUGUGGCUUAGCAACACCUCCACGGCUGCCAUGGUGAUGCCCAUCGUGGAGGCCGUGGCACAGCAGAUCAUCAGCGCCGAAGCAGAGGUCGAGGCCACUCAGAUGACUCAUUUCAGUGGAUCAAUCAACCAUGGACUGGAAACUGAUGAAGGUGUUGAAACAAAUGAGAGGAAAGAGAAAACAAUACCAGUUCCAGGAUACAGUAAUGAUGCAGGAAAAAUUUCAAGCAAGACGGAGCUGGAAAAGAACUCAGGCACGGGAACCAAGUAUCGAACAGAGAGGGACCACAUGAUGUGUAAACUUAUGUGCUUGUGUAUUGCUUACUCUUCUACCAUUGGUGGACUGACAACCAUCACCGGCACUUCUACCAACUUGAUCUUCGCUGAGCAUUUCAAUAUGCGCUACCCUGACUGUCACUGCAUUAACUUUGGAUCAUGGUUUAUGCUUUCCUUCCCGGCUGCUAUUAUUAUUCUAUUAUUGUCCUGGAUCUGGCUUCAGUGGCUUUUCCUAGGAUUCAAUUUUAAGGAGAUGUUCACAUGUGGCAAGACCAAAACAGCCAAACAAAAAGCUUGUGCUGAGGUGAUUAAACAAGAAUACCAAAAACUUGGGCCAAUGAGGUAUCAGGAAAUUGUUACCUUGGUCCUCUUCGCUGUAAUGGCUCUGCUGUGGUUUAGCCGAGAUCCUGGGUUUAUCUCUGGUUGGUCUGCGCUUUUUCCCAAGUAUCCUGGUUUUGCUACAGAUUCAACUGUUGCCAUACUUAUAGGAAUCCUAUUCUUUCUUACCCCAGCUAAGAGAUUGACUAAAACUACACCUACAGGAGAAAUUGUUGCUUUUGAUUAUUCUCCACUGAUUACUUGGAAAGAAUUCCAGUCAUUCAUGCCCUGGGAUAUAGCCAUUCUUGUUGGUGGAGGGUUUGCCUUGGCAGAUGGCUGUGAGGAGUCAGGACUAUCUAAGUGGAUAGGAAAUAAAUUAUCUCCUCUAGGUUCAUUACCAGUAUGGCUAAUCAUUCUGAUAUCUUCUUUGCUUGUCACAUCUUUAACAGAGGUAGCCAGCAAUCCAGCUACCAUUACCCUCCUUCUCCCUAUAUUAUCUCCACUGGCUGAAGCCAUUCAAGUGAACCCUCUUUAUAUUUUGAUACCUUCUACUCUGUGUACUUCAUUUGCAUUCCUCCUACCAGUAGCAAAUCCGCCCAAUGCUAUUGUUUUUUCGUAUGGCCAUCUAAAAGUUAUUGACAUGGUUAAAGCUGGACUUGGCGUUAAUAUUGUGGGUGUUGCUGUGGUGAUGCUGGGCAUGUCCACGUGGAUUGGGGCUAUGUUUGACCUCUCUGCUUACCCUUCUUGGGCUCCUCCAAUUAGUAAUGAGACCAUGCCAUGA